AACAUACUCAAGAUGCAGUGAAGAAACGAAUUUAUGCCACUAUAUGGUAGUGCUCCAUAGAUAAGAGUGAAAUAUUCAGCACUGAAGCCAUUAAAAACUCAGAAAAAGAAAGAGAAUGAAACCGAGAGAUAAAAUAUUAAUCCUAAAAUACUUUCUAAGCAUCUUCAAUGGAAUUUUCUUAGUUUUAGGUCUUAUGCUUAUGAUGUUCGGCAUGUGGCUUCUAAUUGACAGAAACAAUUUAUUCACUGUUUUAUUUUUCACAGGUGAGAACCACUUGGUAGCAUAUAUUUCUUAUAUAUUGCUUGGAGUUGGAUUCAUCCUUGUUUUUAUUUCAUUUUUGGAAUUCCUAAGAAGCUUUAAAGAAAUCAGAUAGUUUCUAAUUUUGUAUCUUGGACUCAUACUUCUGCUGUUUGGUGUCCAAGUUGCAAUGCCAGUGCUAAUAUAUAUAAGAAAAGAAGAGGUAUGUAAACUUUCUAUCAUAUAGACCUGUUAUUAAUUUUAAAUUGUUGCUAAAAUUAUUAAAGGCAAAUCCCUAUGGGGUACAGAGAUAUGUUAUGCACUGAGAUGGGAGCUCUGCAGUGGACUUAAUAUGCCCAAGUAUGCUCAUGCUGACACAUUAGGGGACACAGAGCCACUUGGAACCCAGGGAGACUUGGAAGGUUCUCAUGCAAAUUAAUUCCCCACCUCCUCCUCCACAGACUGUCUUUAGAGCCUUCUCCUGUGCAGGAGCCAAGAAUAUUAUGGUCAGCAGUAGUACCAAUAGAUCUGCCCAGGGGGAGCUUGAAAGGGAUACAGGUGCUUGUGAGUGUGGGUUGAAUAGGUGUCACCCCACUACGUUUCACUGUGGGCCAAUGGGCCCACUUCCUGCUGAUAUCUCCAUUUAGAAGAUGCCAGCCAGCUCUGGUGCUGGGCUGGGAGAAGGCUCACUCGCUGUCUUUUCAACCACCAAGUAGCUUGGAUGCUACCCC